UCCCAGUGAGGAGAUGAACCUUAGCUGGGGCAAUGGGGUCAAAUUCUGAUGGAUAUUUAGUGCCCUGCGCCUAUUGCAUCGCUUUGCUGGACUUCAUAUCCGCCGUGCUAUUCGCAAUUAUCUCAGGAGUGGUAUUUGCCAGGCAUGGUAAUUGGUCUGCCCUGGUGGCGCUGAUCUUCACCAUCUUCUGGAUGGUCAUCAUCAUCGUUCUCAUAGCUGGCAUCUACAGGAGGAAACUGGGAUUGGUACGCUUUUGGCUGGUGUUUACGUGCCUGGGAAUACUUUUGGAUGGAGUUAUUUUGCUCUAUGGCCUGACUUUGGCCAUAUCUGUGAACUGGGAGGGUGUAAAAAUCACAGUGCUGCCAUUCGUGGGAUUGGCUGUGGAAAUGACUUUUGUCUACAUCAUUUACCUCUUCUAUCUGGAUAUGAUUGGAUAUAUUCCACCGGAAACGUUUUAUGAAGAGCCUCGUAGAGAAAAAAGCGGCUGCGAAGUGGUUUAUACCGAGGAAAAGGAAAAACCAGUGGAUCGUAGGGAUUUAAAACGCAUGGAAAAACAAGCUAAAGAACGCAUGAAAAAGGAUAAAGCUGUUUUGAAAAAACUCCAAAAACAAAUGCGAAAAUGA